AGGGGGCUGCGGGCCCGACAGCCGGGAGUCUGGGGAGGGGGAAGCGCCCCGCGGCCGCCUCCGCCACUGCAGCUGCUGCCCCCGAUGUCGCCGCAGUAAUCCGGGCCCGCAGCACUCGCACCCUCGGCGGCCGCAGCCUCAGUUCCGCAGAGCGGAGCCCGGAGCCCGCUGCCCCGCAGGAUGGCUGGAGCUCCUCCAAGUUACUGUUUUGUGGCCUUCCCGCCGCGUGCUAAGAAUGGUCUGGUGGUAUUUGGGAAAAAUUCAGCCCGGCCCAGAGACGAAGUGCAGGAGGUUGUGUAUUUUGCCGCUGCUGAUCACGAACCAGAGAGCAAGGUUGAGUGCACUUACAUUGCCAUCGACCAGGUCCCGAGGACGCAUGCCGUAGUGAUAAGCAGACCGGCCUGGCUGUGGGGGGCAGAAAUGGGAGCCAAUGAACACGGAGUGUGCAUAGCCAAUGAGGCCGUCAGCGCCCGGGAGCCAGCUGCCGAGACGGAAGCCCUGCUGGGGAUGGAUCUGGUCAGGCUGGGUUUAGAAAGAGGGGAAACAGCUAAAGAGGCCUUAGAUGUCAUCGUCUCCUUGUUGGAAGAACAUGGACAAGGUGGGAAUUACUAUGAAGAUGCCAGCUCCUGCCACAGCUUCCAAAGUGCGUAUCUGAUUGUGGAUCGCGACGAAGCCUGGGUGCUCGAGACCGUAGGGAAGUACUGGGCUGCCGAGAAAGUCACAGAGGGAGUGAAGUGCAUUUGCAAUCAGCUUUCACUCACCACUAAGAUGGACGCAGAGCAUCCUGAACUCAAGAAUUAUGCUCAGAGUCAAGGCUGGUGGACAGGAGAGGACGAAUUCAAUUUUUCUGAAGUUUUUUCUCCAGCUGACGAUCAUGUAGAUUGCUGUGCCGGCAAAGACAGCUUAGAAAAACAAGAAGAAAGCAUCACUGUGCAGACUAUGAUGAACAUCUUACGGGACAAAGCCAGUGGAGUCUGUAUAGACUCUGAAUCUUUCCUCACCACGGCCAGUAUAGUGUCUGUCCUGCCUCAGAAUAGAAGCUUGCCCUGCAUUCACUACUUCACCGGGACCCCAGAUCCUUCCAGGUCCAUAUUCAAGCCUUUCAUCUUUGUCGAUGAUGUAAAACUUGUCCCCAAAGCACAGUCUCCCUGUUUUGGGGACGAUGACCCUGCCAAAAAGGAGCCUCGGUUCCAGGAGAAACCAGACCGCCGGCAUGAGCUGUACAAGGCCCACGAAUGGGCCCGUGCUGUCCUCGAAAGUGGCCAGGAGCAAGGUCACAAGCUGAGGAAGACCAUGCUGGAGCUGGAGAAGCAAGGCCUGGAAGCCAUGGAAGAAAUCCUGACCAGCUCUGACCCCCCGGACCUCGCCGAAGUGGGGGAUCUUUUCUAUGACUGUGUUGACACGGAGAUUAAGUUCUUUAAGUGAAGUAAGCAUUCCCUUUCCCCUUCUUACUUAAAACUUCCCACCUUACUAAAUUACCAGCAAAACAAACCACUCUCCUGUUCGAGUAAAAUGAGAAAGUUGAGAUGUGGCCUCCUUUUCUGAAGCCUGAUCGAACUGCUACCUUGUGUUCUGCCUUGAAUCUCAAAGCGUCCCCUUCUUCUGCCAUGUAGGUCCCCUUCCUCUGCAGUGUAAUCUGUAUCCCAUUUGCCUGUCAUUCAGUUGUGUGACUAAUUGUGGAUUUAAGCUGCUAUUAUUGUGUUUCAGUGACAAUGGACACGUUAGCCUUUUACGGGAGGACUAGAGUUCAUCAGGCUCCACAAUGCCGAGUUUGCGGGAAAAGCAAACUCUUUUGAAGUCUUAGUCUCUCUCUCCGUAGUGGUUUCUUUCAGGUUAACAAAAGGCAUUUGUCUGCACACACAGGGCUCUUGUGUGUGGAGCUGAGGGAGAACCUGCCUGGCCUCCCUUAACUCGAGCGCAUGCCUGUCGUGCACAGUGUCUCCAGAGGUGUCUUCUGGGGGACAAAACCAACAGGAAGGAGUAAAGGUGGCUCCUCUCCAAUCCCAGAUCCUUCCCGAGUCCUGUGAUCCUGAAGAAGCUGUCUUCCCUCCCCUGUGGUAGCCCCACAGAACCGUGGCACGUGCAGGAGAGCCGGUCAGCUGUGAAAGCCGGAACCCACCCACUUUAGAGAUUCACAGAGCCACACUGGUGACUUCCCCAAAUCACCAUGUGGAUCACCCAAAAGGCCCAGCUGCUCUGUCUACACAGCUGCCAGGCACAUGGCCUUGUGUAGAAGUGAUUCCGGGUCUGUUACCAGCAUCUAGUCUGGGAUUAAUUGAAUGGCCCUGUGGCAUCGUUCCACCCCACAAGGCUGCGAAUCUCUCAGCUAAUGAGGGAAAGAAGAGCAGGGACUCUUGACUGUUUAGAUUGCAGUUAAAAUAGCUGCGAUCUGAGCAGUCACUACAUUGGCUCAACAGAGAGACUUUAAUUAAACUGAUUUGUUUCCAAUGUCAUGUUCACUUAAAGGAUUUGACUUUCCACCAGGGCAUAGAAAAGCAUGUGAAGAAGACCAGAUGGGCUCGGCAUUGGGAAGAAAGAGGGCAAGGAGGCAACAGAUGGAGGUAGAAGCAUUUCUCUGCAGGGUAGCUGUCCACCCCCACGCUUCCUGCCCGGCCUGUGCAGCCACAAACCUGGGCACUGCCUUCCCCGGGUGUUCCCCCGUAUCCUCAUAGCUCACAUGGCCCAGUAGCUGCGUUCGUUCAGACUGGUAGCUGAAGUGGACAGGUGGGGAUGGGGCGGGGGGGGGGAGGAGCUUACCUUUAUCUAUCAAAACUCCCACCCCCUCCAGAAAUGGGGAGAGGUGGUUAGCAGAAGUGUAUGUUAACAUAGCAGCUAGCAGGAGAGCACCGUUGGGCCUAACCCUGUUUUGUCAUUCUUGGCAGGAAUCUGCAGAUAGAAAUGUUGUGUGUGUCUGUAGUCUCAGAAGUGACUUAGAGGUAGUAACUCCUCCUCAGCAGUGUCGCAGGCCGCGAGAGCUGGAGGGGACCCAGCCCCUCAGUAUAUAGGUGUGAACACUGGGAUCAGAGGUUUUAUCAGAACAAAUAUUUUUUUCUACCAGCUCUCUAAGAACAUGGGUAUAGGAGUACCGUGACCAUGAGCUUUUUGCUCAGCAGUUUUGUAUAUUCUGUAUGUAAAACCAUUAACCACAAAUGGUGAGAUGUGGGAAGAAUAUUUCAGCUGGCAAAGUUAAGGGCAACCAAUAAUGGUGGUUUGUAGUUGCUAAGAGCUUUGUGCAGGUUCGGCCGGGGCUUUUGCUGUUGAUGAAUUUAGGGUCGCCUUGUAGGUGGCGUGGCCAUCCUGACAGGGUGAAGUUCAAGGAUGAUGCAGGUACCUACCCCCUCCCAAGUCCACCUGCUGAGUGGCUAUUUAGAGCAAGAUGAUGUAGAAAGCCACUCUGAAACGUCACUGCACGGUUUCACCUUGACCUAUUAUGGAAACCUUUCAUUAGACCUGACGUGUCUGAGACAACCAAGGUGAUUCAGGGUUUGAUCACAAGAAGUCUGGUGAGAAUAAAUUACACAAAGGCCUGCUCUCAUUCCUGCGGGCCACACAAAGGCUAUGGAUAACCCUGCCAGCUUUGUGUCAUUACCCAUUCGUGCAGUGGGAAACACACGGCUACUUCUGUUAGGGGACAUUGACCUUGGUCAGGCAUCUCCAAGAAGGGUCAAUUGAGCGUUGUCUUGGCUGAUACUGUACACAGUUGUGAUGUCCGAUCUUACCACUAGAGGGCGUGGCAGCCCUCGGCACGGCCUAGCAGACUCCACUGGGCGUGGAGGUGGUCUGUGUAGUCAGAACUCCAGUAAGGGCAGUGGGAUGGGUAGGGAAAGACAAAAAGAGAGCAAAGAAUUCUGCUAAUGUGGCUAUUCUCAACUUUUAGUGACUUUUAUUAUAAACAGUUGGAAAUAUGUUACAAGAUUUUUGGCUGUUGUAGUGGGAAUUAAAAAAGAAAACAAACAAUAAACUCCUGACAUUUUGCUUUGGAAAAAAAUGCUUAUUACAUGGAUAAUUUCUUGACCAGGGAUUGCUUUUCUGAAGGCAAUAGAGGGAAAAUGAACAUUCAAGAUAAUAUAUGGAAAUAAUGUUUAAAGGUCACAAUGUGUAAAUAGCAUCCUAGAAUACCAUUUGUGUAUCUGUUCAGACUUGAGGGGGGGCUGAGCAUGCUUUGUGCAGAAGGAAGACAUGGCCAUACAGCACGGAAUACCUCCCCCACCCCCACACCCCACAACCAAACAUAAGAUGGCUGGACUGGACUAGAAGGUGGGAUUUGCCAUAGGCAAGGACAGCCCUAACACUCCAGGGCAGAGGCUCCAGUGAAAGUAAUUUAGCAAAGCAGAACUAGUACUGUUUCAUUCUUGGAGGUGCUUUGAAACUUUAGGUAGAAUAAAGAUAUAAUCAAAAUUAUGGAGAUUCUUUGGCACCCAAUAACAUGAGACCCAGUGUUGUUAUUAGAAGGAGGCUUUCUUACAAGCUAACAGAGCAGGGAUAUGCCUAUUAGAUCUUAGCAGUGGAGUUCCUUUAUUAUUGGGUGAAUCAUUAGGUAUAAAAAAAUAACUAUCAACCAGGCAAAUUACAUUGCUUUCUGAUUGAGGUAAUCCCACAUUGGUACAGAUGUUGUAUAACUCGGCUGGCCCAGCAGGGAAGCCUUGUGGGACCAGGGUGUCUGUCAGGAAACCACUAACUGCAUUCUUGACUGAAGAGCCAUCCAUCAUUUUUGGGAAGGUCUUCAGGUGAGCUCUUAGCUUUAGGAAGGAAGCACACAGAGGAGGGUGGGUGGGAGGGAGAGAGAGAGGGAGCCCACCUUGCUGGCCAUGAUUGUGGAAGGGGGAAAACAGCAGGUCACUCACAUGUGCUGCCUCAGGCUACCUUAUGCUUCCUCGAUGCUGUGGCAUUUCGUUCCACACGGUCCUAAGUCCCAGCUCCUCUCCUGUGGUUUCUGUCUAAAUGUGCUUUAUCUGAUUAACUCCAAACAUCCUGAAAUGUCACCUGCAGAUUUCUCAUGGGAACCAACAUGUACGUGUUUGCAAUCAUGUCUUGAGAAUUUAAGUGUGUUAGAUGGAAAAUGCUAUUGGCAGGGAAUAAUUAAAAAAAUCUUUCUGUUUCCUGCAGUGGGAACUGACCGUGUACUCUUAACAGUCUUUUGUACAAAUAUCUACAAACCAGAUAACGUCCCUAUCCAGUGCUUGCCGUUGGAAUUGUCUCUAAAUGCAUCAAGCAUACAAUAAUAAAAUACUGAAAUUAA